AUACGAUGCUUUUAAGGGACGGACGGACAUCGCGUCACGAAAACUCGAGUCGAUGGGUUACCAAUAUUUGUUACCAUUUUUGUUUUAUAUACCACUUUUUCUUAGGUAUGGGGCUCCGCUCACGCGGCGCUUCGUGUGAGCUCCGCUAUAACUCGUAUAAUUUCAGCUUUGAAAAACAUGAUCGUGCAAAUUAUUUUCAAAUUAAAUUCGAGGCCGUAUGAUUACCUCUACUGAAUGGCAAAUAAAUAGAUCCCCACCUUUUUUUAUGAAGCGAAAUGUCUUGGUGAAUUGUGAAUCGAAAGUCAAAUUUAAAUAUGUAUACCAACUUGAGAUAAAUUGUUCCCAAGUGAUUAAUUGGACUUUUGGUAUAUCUUUAACAAAAAAAAGCAAUAAUUGGAUUAACCAAAAAGUUUUUGUAAAUUUUCAGUCAUUUUUCAUCAACACCAGCUUGCUCUUUUGUUCUUAUAGCCAUUGUUAAAGUAGAAAAAAAUAAUAAUAGCAUGAUGCCAAAUAGAAGUUUUAUUUCGAUGUAUGCAAUUUGGUGACGAUUUGUCAGUAGCAAAUAAUAUUCUUUUAGUGUUUAUCCCAUUCUCAUUUUAUACUCACGUAUUUGUACUAGACAUUUAUAGCAAAAAUUUUAUAGACUAGAUCUUUUAACGAUUACAUAUCAUAAAGACAAACAGAUUUGCGAAUGUCAUAAACUUGAUGGUUAGAUAGUCAUUAAUAAACGCUUGACAUUUGAAUCAACUAAAGUGAACAUGUUUUUUUUUUAAAAACUGACACUCGCUGGUCCCUCGACGGAUUCAAAUCAUUUGGUGCAACGCACCUUUUCUUUUUAAUAAAACGUCUGUUUGAUUAAAUGACAAAGUACUACGAACAAACGCUCCAAAUUCACUGAGUGCCAAUGACUCAUUCAGUUCAAGGGUGGCGAUUUAGUUUUUUUAUUCUUUUGAAAGAAACAUAACAGUAAACAUAACUUAUGGAAUAACUAUAUUAAAAACAAAUAGUAAUUUGUAAAUAAGUAUUGCCACAGAGGAAGGCUAGGUCAAUGAACAGAUUAGAAAAUCUGAUUUCAGAUAAACUGCCAUAUAUACCUAUAUAAUUUCGCACAAAUGAAUUUGUCUAUGAAAAAGUCGAAGAAAUUUAUUCUGGCGUAGCGAGAUAAGAUUGGUUUAGAUCUUCUUAUUGUCUGAUAGCGUAAAAUAAUUAUCGAGCCCCCCAAAAAAACGCAGAGCAUUUUGCUCACUCUUGACUUCAUUGUCAAAAAAGACACAAAGCAAAUCACAUUUUUAUUUGCUCGAAGGUUGCUUUUAAGCUUUAUGAGUUUUAAUGGAAAAAAUUCAUUGACAACAGAUGUAAAUGAUAAGGAACCGUCAGUUUAUUAAAAGGAAGCGCCCCAAGAUUACACUUCAGGCGACAUUAUUUAUUGAGGAAGUAAUUCAUUGAAAUUUUCAGCUCAUUCAUUAAUUUCAAAGCUUUGGAGAAGUGUUUUGUGUACAGCAAAGGAUAUUAAAAGAUGAUUCAUUUCGCUGACGAAUCAGCUAUUUUAUUUGAUAGAAGCCUUCUUUAAAAACAUACAAUCUGGAACUCGUUAAAAAAUGACAAUAUGGCUGGGACUACGCCAGCCUCGGUGAAUGAGCAAUAACAUUUAUUUUUUCUUGACCUCAAAAACGAUGGUUGCCUUGGUAGUCUUGGUGAUUUAUGAUACGAAAGCAUUCAAAAUGUUAUUCUCUUUUAAAUUAGCACCUAAGAAGUGAGGAAACGACCUAUAUAUCAUCAGCAAAGUUUUUAAUGGAAAAUGUGAAUAAUGUGAAAUAUUAAUAAAAUAAGAGUGUUCCUAUGUUUUCAAAGGAGUCUUUAGAGGACUUUUUAACCUGCGAUGGCUGAAAAAUAAAGAACGAUCCCUGCUUGGAUAAAACAGAAAGGUUAAUUUUUCGAAAAGGUGUAGGUUAUUUGCCGAAAGCACAUCAAUUCUGCCCGAGGACAGUCAAAAUGACAGGUUCGUCACUUUGGCAGUAAUCAACGAGAUUUACUUUCGGCUAAGUAAUCACGACACGGUUUACUGCUUGGAGGCGUGGCAGACGACAGCUCAGUAUAAUAAAAGACGUGCCCUUCUUUUAAUAAGAUAUGUGUGGAAACAGCCGUCAUUCAAGGAGCACAAGUUUGUCAAGUGGUUUAGAGUUUUCGUCUGUGUGGGGCUAAACAAGUGCCGUACUGCCAGGUGCCAGGUCCUUUCAGAAGGACACGAACAAAACAAGGCCUUAGAGAACUGCGAAUUAUAAAAAGGUUUACAGUUCACAUCCAGAACAUUAAUUAUCUCGGGGGAUCAUACAUGAGAGAAAACCAAAAUGUACUCGAUGAAUUGAGCGCAAAGAAUACCAAUUAGGCGAAAAAAGAAUUCGUUUUAGCUCGAAUCAUUUUUGCUAACCCUAGGUAUAAACACAAGAAUCGAGAAAAAAAAGAAAGAAAAAAAACCGUCAGUGCAAAUCAGUAGAAUUUUCCAAGAGAAGAAAGAAACACCUUUAGAGACUUGGAGACAAGAAAACGCGGACUAAAGUGGAACAAAGGAAGGCCUAACAAGGAAUGUGAUUUUAUCACCAUCGUGAAUUUGCCUCUAUUCUAGUAUUGAAGUAUAUGAUGGAUAAUACUACAAACUCUACUAUCAGCCCUUCCAGCAGAUCAUACCAUGCUCUGGCACUGAAUGAACCAUGGCUAACGAUUUUACUCUACACAAUUGUGUUAGUGUUCGCCAUUGCGGGCAACGGCCUUCUCAUAUUGAUCAUCUACAAAAACGCCAAUCGCCGCAUGCGCACAGCAAGUAAUCUCUUCAUCCUAAACAUGGCGGCUUCUGAUCUUCUUCUUGUACUCUGGGGAGUACCUGUCGCUUUGAAACUCUCUCUUUCAGGGCCCGAAUGGCUGAUCCCUGGCGCGCUUGGUAACCUCCUUUGCAAGAUUUGUGAAUUUGUCUGGCAUGUUACUGUGUUUGUGUGCACUGGGAGCUUGACUGCUAUCGCAUUUGAUCGCUUCUUGCUGGUGUUUUACCCCAUGCAAAGAAUCCUGACAAGCAAACGUGCUGUGGUAAUAAUAAUUGCAAUUUGGGUCAUUUCUACGAUGUUUAGUAUUCCUGUACUGUACUUCACAAGUACCUCGGUGAUUUGGAACCGCCAGUACUGUUUCAUGGAUUUCCACCAGCACGAGUCACUUUCUCAUUAUAUCAUUUCACUCUUCGCUAUUUUCAUAGCCACACCCCUUCUCGUUCUUAUUGUCUUGUACGACUGCAUUAUCAUAAAACUAUGGCUUCACAAAACGCCAGGGGAUAACCCAAGCCGUGAGAGAACUGAGCAGACGGAGCGAACAAACGUCAAGAUACAUAUCAUGUUGACGUCCAUUGUCAUCACAUUUGCACUUUGUUGGCUUCCGUAUUGGAUAUCUAAUAUUUACUGCUUUAUGUAUAAAGCGCAAAGCGAGAAAAGUGACUUCUGCCAAGUCAAGUCAAUCGAGAUUUGUGUGCUGUUUAGUUACAUAAACACAGCGGCGAACCCUCUUAUUUAUUUUAUAUUCAGCGGUGUUUACCGCAAGGCUGUGAAGUCCAUGUUUUGUAAAGGGGAGGUAGGCCCAGCGAGAGAAAUGACAAGACACAUGUCACGCAAUACUAGACAAGAUAACAAUAUGGAAACAGUCAAUCAGUCAUGUCAACCACAGAUUUAGCCUUGUCACACAACAAGACACAUGUCACGCAACGGGAAACAGGCAACCGAUUAUGUGAAAAUGAACCAACCACAGGUAUAGCUUUGUCAAACAACGACUAUGUCACGCAACACUACACACCAUCGCGCCUGAAUAUGGAAACAACAAAUCACUUUGAAAUAAACCAACCACAUCUUUAGACUUUCCACACAACAAGAAACAUCUCACGCAUCAUGAGACACGAUCACUUGAACAAGGAAACAGUCACGUGGAGAAAGUCUACCACAGCAUUAGCCUUGUGAUAUAUCGCCUGUCAGACAUCACGCAGUGGGAGGCAGAUUUACGUGGCGACCUUCAGCCUUUUCCCCAAGCUGAGCAGCCCUUUUGCUGAAGCCAAUGAUUAUGUUUACAUUUAUCAUGCAUUUUCGCAGUUCAUCCCCCCUCCCUACCUAAUUAAAAUUACCAGUUGUUGGCUUUGGUUACCAUGGGUACAAGCGCCGUAGCCCACUACUUUGCCUGCCCGACCCACUUUUAAAUACACGACUUGACCAAC